AUUUAUUUACCAGUCGAGUAAUGUAUACAAAAAUAAGCGGCGGCUAUUAAUUUUUUGUUAUUUUAAUGAAACACAGUAGAUGGAAAUGAGUACAAACGUUGUUGUUGUUAACAUGGACGAGAAGGCGGCGGGCGACGACCUUCCGUACUUUCCGGAGAAGUUUCCGGGCAAAGUGUGCUGUUUAUGCAACCUCGGGGAAAAAAGUGCCUUGGGACAGGGGACGAUUCUUCAGCUGAAGGCGCCAGCGGACCUCAGAGAUAAGUAUCCCUCCGAUCGGAUCAAGGAGGACGGAUCCAGGCUGUACUAUGGCCAAAAGCUGGUAUCAAACGGUGCGGGCGAGUGUCACUACGAACUGGACAAAAUCGGCCAGCCGGAGAUCGUGCAUCCCGCCGAUUUUGUGGACGAGGGAUUCGUUUACGUCCACCGAAUGUGCAUAAUGUGGUCGCUGCGCAAGAGUCAGAUAUCCGAUGCGGACGCCACAUAUUUUGCGAGCAACUUUGGGGAGUUCAUGGAGCAAAAGUGCAAUUUUUGCGGCCAGUACGGAGCCUCCAUCAAUUGUAAAAUGAACUGCCGCCAGGUGCACCACUGGCCGUGUGCAGCUGCUGCUGGCUGUCUCCUCAUCCUGGAAAGCUUCACGGUGUUCUGCACGGAGCAUCUGAGUCAAGUGCCGGUGAUAUGUAGUGAUAAUAAUGUGGAGUGUGUGACAUGCUCUUCGCUAGGCGACCUGUCCAAGCUCAUCAUGUGCAGUACUUGUGGAGAUCAUUCCCAUUCAACCUGCAUUGGACUGGCCAAUCUGCCAGAUACGCGUUCUGGCUGGAACUGUGCCCGAUGCACGAAGUGCCAGAUCUGUAGGCAGCAGGAUUCGAAUGACCUGAAGUACGUAAAAUGUGAACAAUGCCAGAAGAUCUAUCAUGCUUCCUGCUGGCGGCCUGUUAUCUCAGCCAUUCCGAAAUACGGCUGGAAGUGCAAUCGCUGUCGUGUCUGCACAGACUGCGGCUCACGUACUCCUGGCGGCGGCAGCUCGUCCCGCUGGCAUAGCCACUACACAAUCUGCGAUUCGUGUUACCAGCAGCGUAACAAGGGGUUUUCCUGUCCGAUCUGCCAGAAAGCUUACAGAGCAGCGUCACAUAAGGAAAUGGUUAAGUGCAGCUGGUGCCACAAAUUCGUACAUAGUACUUGCGACGAAGAAGCCGACUUGACGGCGUAUCACAAGAAAAAGGAACAAAAUCCCGACUACGACUAUGUGUGUCCGAACUGCAAGAGCAACUCUUCAGGUCCAGGUCAGUCACACCAGGCCAUCGACUCGAUCGUCCUUUCCGUAAUGGACCAUUCGACGGCAGAUCAACUAAGCCUCCGGGAAAUCGAGAUUGAUCCGCUGGAGGGCAAGCCCAAUAUGGAUCCAAUCGGCGAUGAAAUUCAAAAGCUGCCCACCGGCAAGAAGAAAAUGUGCCUCUCUAGUGUUCGCGGCAAGAGUGGCAAGUUCGUGCUGCAGCGAAUGGGGGUCCUCUCGCAGAUGAGCAAGAAACGGAGCACUCGAGGAAAGGGACGCUUAGCCGGCAACUUGUCCAACAUCUCUAGCGACCGCUGCGUAAAUCGCAACAUGGACACCGACCUCACGAGCGACAAGAAGAUGCUGUUGUGUUCGGCGCGGGACAAGUUCAUACUGAGUCAAGACAUUUGCGUGAUGUGCGGAUCCUUAGGCAUCGAAAGUGAUUCCGAAAUGAUCACAUGUGCCCAGUGCGGCCAGUGCUAUCAUCCAUAUUGCGCCGGUGUGAAGCCCUCCCGAGGCAUCCUGCAAAAGGGCUGGCGCUGUUUGGACUGCACGGUGUGCGAGGGAUGCGGAAAAAAGAACGACGAGGCUCGCCUUCUACUCUGCGACGAGUGCGAUAUUUCGUAUCACAUCUACUGUGUAAACCCGCCGCUAGAACAGGUGCCCUCAGGCAACUGGAAGUGCUCCUUCUGCACGCUGUGCCAGAAGUGCGGCCGCAACCCCACCGAAAAGAGUGAAUUCGGCGACUCCAACCAGGCCGAGUGUCCGCCGUGUGCCAGCCAGUCGGCAUGCCCGUUGUGCAAGAUUCCCUACAGCAGUGGCGAGAUGAUCAUCCAGUGCGAGCUCUGUGAGCUUUGGUCCCACUUCCUCUGCGACACCAUAAACGCUCAGCUAACAAUAGACUAUUACGACAAUAAUGUGUAUAAGUGCUUAAAAUGCCGCUGCUCGGUGAAAGGCGGCGGCCAGUUAGCUAUAAUGGAUGCCAAGGCAGGAAACGAGGACGGUGUCCUCACAGGAAAAACAUCAGCUGGUCACUUCACACAGACUCCUGUAUCUGCUGGCGAUGUCAAGAGUCACAUCGCCUUGCCCAGCGAUCUUCCCGAAACUGCACCAGAGGCAAUUCAUUGGAUUGACGGCGUGUGCCUUAGUGAAAGCGGCCUGAGCAUGAUUAAGUCCUUGUCCACGGAGAUCAAGCGAAAGCGCAAGAUGCGGCAGGCCAUUGGCAAUGGCAAGGACGGACAGGAAGCUACUGAGGCGGAGGCGCAGUGUGAGAAGUACAAGGACGGCAUGGUGUGGGAUGGAACAGAGAAUCCUAUUCCCGAGGGCUUUACCAUAUCCACCAACGACGAGGGUGUGCAUAUCUUGCGCAAGAAGCGUCAGCGAAAUCUACAAAAACUGGGCAUCGGCGGCUUCUCGGUGCGCAAUCGUGGCCUGAAGAAGGACAGCGAGGAAGCAGCGGCCGCCGAUCAUCAUCAGUUGAACUCCACAAUGAUGAGCAUGGACAAAAAGAAGAAGAUUAUAAGGAAGAAACAAAAGAAUAAGCUAAUCGAAGCCUAUCCCGUAUACUUGCAGGAGGCUUUCUUUGGAAAGCCUCUAUUGGAAUCCGGAGAGCUUGUGAUGGGCGAAUCCGAUUCCUCUGACGAAAUAGACGCCUCCAUGAAGGUGUACUUUACGCGGCCCGAGGGCAAGAGUCCCGAACAUGAUACCAAGAGUCCAGCCAAGACGGUUAAGAAGGUCAAAGCUGAGAAGCCGGUGCCAGGUCCGCCGGAUAACAAGACACCGGCAGCCGCCAUCGAGCAAAUGCCCAUGGCAGUUCAGCAGAAAACAGCCUCCAAUGUUUUUGAUCCUUCACACACCGAGGUUCUUGCUAGCCGGCAUCCUUUGGAUACGUUAGCUUCGCCAAAUAUUGCGGAACUGGACGUAGCAUCAGCUAGCUCGAUGAAUUUGGUUCAGACUGGGGAUAUUAUUGAAAAGCCAAUGAGAGAAUCGCCGGUAGUCCUGGUCGACAAUUACUUGGUGCCGCAGCAACAGUUGUCCCAGGAUCAAGGUCAAAAGUUCCACAAUCAGAUAUACUUGUCGGGUAAUAUCGCCACCCAACAGAUUCAUAAUUUCCACCAGCAGCAACAGCAACAGCCGACGGACCAUCUAAGUGCACACAACAAACAGAAAAUGCAGGGCAUGAUGAUGGGCCAAGUGGUUCUGCAAGCGGAGAAGCGGGGUCCCGAGGAGGAGCAGCCCAAGAUGGUGGAGCCCGUCGUGCCAGUUGAGAACAUGAAUGCCGGCACCCAAAAGACUGCCGAGAAAAUGCGCAAGGAUGAGGACCUCGGCCUGAUGGCUACCAUUUCCGCGGUUUUGUAUGCAAACACCGAGCAUCCGAACCUAAAAGAAUUGUUCCCGAACUGGAAUGAUCGAUGCAAGCAGAUUUUAAAGCGUUGGCGCUCGUUGUGCAACGAGAAAAAGGCUCCAUUCCUGCAAAAGGCAAAGGAUAACCGUUCCGCACUGCGGCAGAGGCGCGAGCAAAACAAAAUUCCGCCUCCACCCGCACCCAAGCCACAGAAGCAGGAGGAAAUGGCCAGAGUUUGGAAGCAGCAGCAGCAACAGCCGUCAAAAUUGAAGGAGGAUCCGAAUCAAACGAAUAUGUUUGUCACUUACAAUGGAAAUGCUUACGACAUGGCAACCACUUAUGGGGGCUCGGCGGCGCCACCAACUGCCAGUAAUCCACACCAUGUGAUGCCCAAUAUUAACGAUAGCUUGGUGUCCAAGGCCACGACAAUCCAAAGGACAGCUACAUCUGUUCAUUCAACUGCAGCCACCGUUUUGAAAAUGGACAAUCGCUUGGAACUAAAUUCGGUCUAUGGGUCUGAGCACAUCGGCGAUAAGAAACUCAGGAAUCUGCUGCAGAAAAACAGCGCGGAACCAAUGCUAUUGGAGGCCAACUCUGAUUUGUUCCUGCCCAACGACGUUAUGAGGCUGGGCGGCAUGAUGCAACCGAAUCACACGCCCAUUACACAAAACAAUCCAAUGUUAAGCAUUAGUGGAAAGGCUCAGCCGUCGGAAGGCAGGGCCUUGGAGCAGGACGUGAAGAUGAACGAGCCGCCGGAGGGCACAUCUUCUGCGUCCGUUGAAUUGGAGAAUGUUGGCUUUAGCGACCUGCUGGGCGGACUUGGAGAAGGUGACGACGAUGACCUACUCAAGUCGCUUACUUCCGAAAUGGGCGACGACUUUAAUAUCUUGGAAUAUGCAGAUCCCGACCUGGACGUGAAUGUUCUCAACUCUUUGGACUUUGAUGACAAUGAAAAGUGUUCUACGUAGAGAGAAAGCACCUGCACCUGAAUCUGAGUAAAUGGAAAUAAAGAAGGCAAUAAUAAUACGACA